UGGUCUGCUGUGUACAUGGAAGUGGCCCACCAACCAUGUAAACAAGGAGGGUCUAAGGCCAAAAGAUAUUAUGAAAGGUAAUAUUAUUAAAACCAUACCAAUAUUAUGUAAAUAACUUUUAUCAAAACAACAGGAGUUUGUAUAAUUGCUAUUGGCUCUAUAAUAAUAAUUUUGUGGCUAUAUUAACAAGAAAUGUACCAAAAUAUUAUGAGAGGGAGUGAGAGCUUUAAGAGCAGGAGCAUCUAUCCCACCUGAGUGGUGGAAUACCUAGACCUUGGUCUUGGUUAAUUCUGUGUGUGAGUUAUGCCAGUGAUUGCUGUUUAAUUCUGUAGCUUACUAUGAUUAAUAUUAUUUAUGACAAAAUGUCCAGUGAAAUUUUUCAGCAUAUCAAAUGAAGUGAGUAUUCAAAAAAUAAAUUUUAGUAGGCCUAUUUUUUUUUUAUAUAAGUUUUAGUUCUUAAAAUUUGGCUUGCUGGAUGCAGCACACUCAAAACAUGUCAUUUCAUACUGGAGGAUUGGAGUUCAAUUCCUAGUUUAAGCCAAAUAAUUUAAAUAUACCUUUUUUUCCCCUCCUAUCAAAAAUCUCCCUCCCCUUAACUAUAGAGUAUUUGUAUUUUCUUUCUUUUAUCAUAUUAAUUUUGGUACCAGGACAAAGUCAAAAGCAAGGGCGGAAGGGAUAUAUUUCCCCUCCUAACUCAGAUUGGAAGCUGUUGCUUCUUUUCACCCCCUGUGUAGACACCAUUGGUCAAAAGUGCUAGGUUCAUUUGACACAUUAUUUAAAUGUUCCAUUAUGAAAGGAAAUAGUUUUUUUUGUGGUAUUUUUAAGGAACUUGUACCCCUAUGAGCUUUAUGUCAAUGGCUUGGAUUAUAGCAAGGCUAUAAGUCAAUUCAUUAAGCCCCAGAAGCAAGCAAGUGCUAAAAAAACUUCUUUAAGUGAUGCUGGUGACUCUGGU